CAAACGAGCGGAAGAUUUGAUAUGGCGACCAUCGAUGAAUCUGGCAAAAAGUUGAAAAGUGUAGAGAUGGAGGAUUUGGAUGUUUCAGUUGUUGCCAACACCAAAAAGCAGAAGCGAGGGUUGAAAACAAUGAAAAAGAAAGCACCCCUGAUAGAUUUAAAUACAUCUGUACGGAGAAAAAGACUGAACAGUUCCCUUACCAAGAAGCUCAACCUCAGCAUAAACUCGGUACAGAAGCAGUCUUUGAGAGCCAACAAUCGAGCCCUGGCUGUCAGCUUGGAGCGGACAAAACAAGAACUGCGGAGUGCUGUGGAGAUGAACCAGGAGCUCCGUCGAGAACUCCAGGAGAAGGAUAUGAGAAUCGUUACACUGGAGCGAGUGUCUGGACUAAAGAAUGAAGACAUUGAGGAAGAAGUUCUCAGGAGAGUAGAGCAAAGUCAUGACAUUCUGAGAGGCAUUUUAACUGCCAUGGGUGAGAACCUGUUUGCUGUCAGCCAUAAUCUGAGCGAGGCAGUGCAGCACUGUGUCCUGUCCUCGAGACGGUCCACCACUGGCUCCAGGAAGACGUCCUCUGUCGGCAACACCUCUAACCCAGACAUGGAGAUUGACAUGAACAGUUCCGCAUAUCAAAGAUCAAUAUAUGCCCAGACCCAACAAUCGUCGUUGUCUCUCCCUAGGGAGCCCUUACUCCGAUCUGAAGGAUCCUCCUCCUCCCAGUCUCAUGCUUCCCUCACCAUGGCUUCACAUGAUAUGAGUGUCAUAGCCGAACAGACAAUGUGUCUAGAAGAUGUUGAACUUCUCACUGAACUGGAUGAAUCAGAAGAUGAAUCGCUGAAAUCCCAGAGCAAAAUAUGCAUGUCAAAAAUUCCCCAACGCGUGCCAAGGAAAAAAACAGUAGAAAUCGCAAAGGAACUGUCGGAGGCAAAUACUGGUACUACACAAGAUGAGACAAUGGAUGAUGUGAUGGUUGAGAAAGAGGAGAAACAGGCUGGAAAUGGAAAGGACAAUUGUAAAUCAUCCAACAAGCAACAGGAAGACAGAACUGCUGCUGAAAAGAAGAAAACGGAGACAGUGGAUAAGCGAGGAACAUUCGUGGUGACGGAUUUGUCAGAUUUCAAUUCUGGAAUCAAAGUUUGUCCAUCUGCAAGGAUUGGAACAAAGGAUGACAGUUCUGAUGACAGAAGGAAAACUUUUGUGAAGCCACCAAGUACAAAACCGGAGGAAGAUAGAAGAGGAACGUUUGUUGUGCCCCAGAACCCCCCUGAAUGUUCAGAUCAUUUAAAACAGAUGGACAAUGAGGAUCAGACAGUGUACUUUGAUACUGACAUGGAUAUGACGGAGGUGUUAAACUUUACACAACAGAUCUCAACAGAGUCCAUGAAUAAGGGCAAUGGACCUUCAGAAUCCAAGUCUGCUCAAGACAAUGCAGAAAAAAAAUCUCAAGAAGAAAACAAGACGAGAAUAAAUGACGAAAACAAGGAAGAGGAUAAGAAAAACUAUAAGAGGAAAGAAAGACAGAAUAAGGAAUCUUCUGUGAAAUCAGAUUUGGAAGGUUUGGGGACUAAGCUUGAAAAGAUUAAGCCAACCAAUUCUCCAAAAUCGGUGAAAGCUUCCAAAGAAGAAAAAUGUGAAAAGGACCCAGAAGGCUCUGGAAAGUCAGUUGUUGAAAUGAGAGUACCCAAGCCUGGUAACUUUGAAUACCGUGUUUCAAGAAAGCAGGUGGAUGGAACAAGACAGCCAGUGCCACAGAAACCAGUUUCGAGAGCCAGAUCUAAAGGGAAAGUGAAACUAAGUAAGGUCACCAGUGAGGUCAUUGAAACCAUCAAAAAGACUCCAGGCAAACCUAGAAAUGUUUUUGACUUUGGGGACAGAACUCCAACUGUGACACUAGAUCCCAAAUCAUUGCAUAAUUUACAAUCGGAAGAAGAGGAAAACAAGACGGGAAAAAAAGAAACCAAUUCUAGUAAAGACCUUGAUCAAAAUGAUACAAAAGAGAACAAUAAAAAUUCCAAGAGGAAGGAUGUUGAAAAGGAACAGAGGGUAGAAACAACAAAAUCAGUAAAAGAGCCCAAGCUUUUGUCAGAUAACCCAGUGUAUUAUGUGCCACUGGCCAAAGGAUCACCAGUUACUGUCAAAGAAUCAGGCAGACAUUCCAGAAGGUCAAGGUCAAAACCUCGAUCUUACAGAGAAGUGUCAUCUGAUGAAGACGAGGAAGAAAUUGAAAUGCAGCCAGAGACAGCUAAAAAUCGGGGAAGGUCAAAAUCCCGAAGUAAGUAUGAUAGUGGAGAAGGGGAAGAACAGCGAAGUGGAAGACGGACAAGGUCCCAGAGCAGGGGGACACGAGGAGACAGAGAGGAGGAAGAUAGGGAUUAUGAACCAUCAGUGGUUAACAGACAGUCUAGAGGCAGAUCAAGAAAGGCUGGUAAUGCUGAUGGGGAGGCCAAGGUCACUAAAGAGAGAUCCAGCAGGUCAAGGACAAGGAAAGCUUCUCUGCCCUUGGAAGAGGGUGUUAGUAAAUGUAAACAGAGUGAUGAAAAUGAGGAGAAGAUUGAUGAUGUAGAAGAAGUUGAAAUUGUUAGGAAAACUAGAAGUAGGUCAAGGGCAAGGUCUAUGAAAAGUAAAGUGGAAGAAAUGGAGAAUAUUGACAAUGUAUCUGAUAAGAAAUCAUCAAAAACUAGUCAGAAUGACAAUGAAGCGAAUUACCAGGAAGAAUCCUCUGCAGGUGGAAUUUCAUCAAAUGACAAGAAAAAAGAGAGGUCCAAUAAAGCAUUUCUACAAUCAUUACGAAACUCAGCAGGGGCAAAUGAAAAGGAAGACAAGCAAACAGCUGCCUGCCCUACAUCAUUGACAGAAAGUGAAGAAAAGGAUAAAGGAUUACGGAAAUCAAGCAAGCAUGCAGUGGUGCUGCCUUCUUCCAGCAGUGAAGAAGACACAGUGUCCAAGUCCACGCGGGAGGGACAGACUGGAAAUGCGUCGGUGGGGGAAGAUGUUUCUGAUGAUAAAAAUGGGCCAUCUACUGCACCAGUGAAAAAGAUAAAGAGGAAAUAUGAUGAUGCUGAAGAUAGCAUGGAUGAUAACAGCGAAGCUUCCAAAACAAGAACGGGAAAAGAAAUCCAAACUACAGGAAAUGUGAAAGAGGGAGAUGAUGUUGACUGUACGAUCACCAGUAGAAAAACUGUUAGAAAUGCCGCGAAAGAGGAAAGGGGUGAAAAAUAUACAUCAAGAAAACUUACAGAUGUUAAAGAUGCUGAUAAAACUACUAGAACUGGAUCAAGUUCAUCUCUUAAUAAUGAUCGAUUAUCCCAGUUUGUCAGAGAACGAGGUCGAAGCAAGUUAGUUGUUGCAGAUGAUGACGAUGACAUUACGUUCUCUGAUUUUGACAAACUUUAUCAGCAUGUGUCUGCUAUUAGAGCUUCAGAGAACAGCAGCAGUGUAAAGAUGAAUAGCCAAUCAGAGAGCAGCAGCAGUGUAAAGAUGAAUAGCCAGUCAGAGACAGCGAAAGUGGAAGAAGUGAAAGAGAAAGUAGAGGUCAGUCAGGAAAGCCUGCCAUUAAAAACGCCUAACAUGUCAAGUACAAAAAGACAAAAAUCUGCAACCAAGUCCAAGAAAAGCAGCAAGAAGAACCAUCACGAUAGUCAAAGUUUGGAGAAAGAAAAUACCAAUGAAGAGACGGUGAUCAGUAGUAAGAAAAAGUUGGAGCUGUUGAAGAAGAGGCUGACCGAGAUUGAGAGCAGGAAACCCUCGUUAGGUCCCUUGUCUCAUGUACAACUGAGCCAGUCGGCACCAGGCUCGCCUCAGUCUGAAGAGCCAGACAGAAAGCGUCCCAGGCGGGGUGGACUUGUGUCCUAUAAAGAAAAACCACUCAACAGCAAAAUAAGAAGAGGAGAUCCAUUCUUUCAGAUAACCUGAGUUAACUCUGACAUUCCAUGAAACUACAAAAAUGGAGUUACUUCCCUUGCAGUAAAGGCUGCAGAUACAAAUUGUCAGAGCAAUGAAUACAGGACGAUUGGAUAGUUAUGUAUCUUAAGUUAGAAUUUCUGCCGUUGGAAUAUUAUAUGUUAUAGUCCCCCUGUAAAAUGUUUGUAACUCUGUAGUGUUUAGGUGGGAAGUACAGCGGAAUCAGCCAUCCAUGACUGCUGGUUAUUAUAUGUUAUUGUGUAAAUUUAAAUUGUAUUUCUUUAUGUGUGUGUAUUAAUUUUCAGUGAUGUAACUACAAGAUAUGUACAUACAAUUUAUUAGUGUUAGAAUUGUAAUUUUCGAUCUUUUGAAGAGGUAUUGAGGGGGGGGGGUCUCAGUGGUUUUAUUAUUUUACACAAGUUGUUCGUUGUUGCACGAUGUAGCUUGAAAUUUCGUCAUGAUCAUUUGUUUCUCGCACAUUCAAUCUUGGAAGUAUUCCCAUGUUCAUAGUACAAAGUCCCAAGUUCAUGUAAGCUUCUCUAAUCAUAGCUUAUUCAUUGAUUCAUUCAUCUGCUGCAGAAUAUCUGCAUGCAUAGUAAUCAAACUUGGCAUAAAUGCUGCUGUAGUGGGUCUGUAUAAGUACAUAAUAACCUUUGAACAUCUAAAAUAACAGUCGUGGCAUCCGAUUGGUUGAAAAAGAAAUUAAUUUCUUUUAUGGAAUGGUGCUGCCUUGUCCCCAAGCGUGGCACGAAUGAUUCACUAGUGACCUUUAAUAUUUUUUCAUACCGGAGUCUUUGUUGCCCUCGACCAUUAUCCUAGCCUGGAGGUUAUAAAACUCUUACUGUACUCAGCCAUAUCUGUUUUGAGUAAAACUCUGAGCAAGCUCCGAAGCAUACUCAAAAAGUCUUGAGCAUGUACUCAAUUUGAGUAUGAGAAUGAUUUUAUAAAAAAGUUUUAUAACCUUCACUCUUGAGUAUGAGUACGAUUUAGAGUAUUGAGUUUGAGUGUGAAAACUUGCUCAAAAAAGUUUGUGAUAAAGUUUUAUGACCUCCAGGCCUGGUUUGUGAUAAAGUUUUAUGACCUCCAGGCCUGGCUUGUAAUAAAGUUUUAAAACCUCCAGGCCAAGUUUGUGAUAAAGUUUUAUAACCUCCAGGCCUGGCUUGUAAUACAGUUUUACAAUCUCCAGGCCUGGCUUGUAAUAAAGUUUUAUGACCUCCAGGCCUGGUUUGUGACAAUGUACUUUGUGUGGUUCUCUGGAUUCUUUCCUAGAUUGUCCUAGGCAAAACACAAAUCAUCCCCAGAUAUAAGGCAUGCAGCACUGAUGAGUAUUACAGAUUAUAGCUGUUUGAUGCAAUAAAGUCAAAUUAGGCAUGAGAUUAUAUUUAUUAUUCCUUAUAUAGACAUAUAACUCCUCAUUUUACAUACAUUAUUCAGUAUAAAUGUUGUGGUAUAAAUGUUACAUGUUCUGUUUUAAAGAUCAGAUCAAUGUAUAUUGUUUGGCAAUACCCUUUUUCACAUUGGCUAAGGAUGGAAAAAAGAGGAUGUAUAUGUACAAUGAUAUUUUGAAAUUGAUACCUUUGGAUUACUUUAUUUAAUUUUUUUUAAGAAUGCAUUUUUUUAAUUUUUUUUUUAAAGAAAGUAAUCUAAAAACAAUUUAGAACCCCUGCUAGACUUGAACCCACUAUCAACAGAUCAACAGCUACAUAUACUCAGCUAGGCAAUUAGAUUUAAAAGGAAUAUACAAGUUAUGCAAAUAUUUAUAUUCACAUUCAUGGAAGUCAGCCAUUUAUAAGGAUGUGUUAUUCCUCCUUAAAUGACAGAUUGAUUUCUUUUGUUCAAUUUUUGUUUUAUGACUGCCAUUCUGAGUGGACUAAGUCAGAAUCAUGGAGUUGUAUGUUUUAUUUCUUAGCCAUUUUUUAUUUCAAACUAUUUUUAUUGGAGUGACCAACGGUAGACUGUAUAAUGUACAUGUAUUGAUAAAGGUAACAGGUAAUUUCCAAUUUCUGUGAACUUUGUGUUUUAUAGUUCAUGCAUGACUACUAAAUAUAUGUACAAUAAAUAGAAAUCUUAAAA